UUCAUGCGCAUGUGCAAGCUGUAUAGACACGUUGCUGGAUAAAAACACUUCCCUAACUCUGUGAUCUGAUCUCCUCUGCUCCUUGACUUAGUUCACUGUGAUAAUGCCUUCCUACAAGCUUUAUUACUUUCCUGCUCGUGCUAGGGGCGAAGUUUCAAGGUUCAUCUUCAAGCAAGCUGAAGUCGAUUUCGAAGAUGUACGCGUAGGAGGAGAGGACUGGGUAAAAUUUAAGCCAAACACACCCUAUGGCUCAAUGCCAGUACUAGAAGUCGAUGGCAAGAUGCUUGGUGGAAGUGGCAGCAUUCAACGAUACCUAGCAGAAAAGUUUGGUCUGGCUGGCUCAAAUGAUUUCGAGAAUGCUGAAAUUGACAGCAUUAACGACGCUCUUGUGGAUCUCGGCCAGCAGUUAAUAAACCGUCACCAUGAAAAAGAUGAGGCAAAGAAAGCUGAAUUGGGCGAGAAACUGAAAAGCGAAACUUUUCCGAAGUUUCUUGGAAUUUUUGAGAAACUUGUCUCAAGCAAUGCUUCUGGUUGGAUAUAUGGCUCUAAGGUUACGUACGCUGAUUUUCAUUUGUACAACCUCAUGGGAUGGGUGAAGAUGGGUGAUGCUGAAGCUCUUGAUAGUUUUCCAGCUAUAAAGAAAAAUAUGGAAGCUGUUAAAGCACUACCUAACAUUGCAAAGUGGCUGAAGGAACGACCCGAGGAUCAAUACUAGACAAUUAGAUAAUUAUACUUAUAGUGAAGGACGUAACGUUUGAUUUAGUAAAACAUUUUACUAAGAUUUAGGACAAUACCAGA